AUGCAGUCGUGCGGCGUCUCGCUCGCCGCCGCCGCCUGCGCCGCUGCUCGGAGUCUCGGCUCGGCUUCUUCUGCUGGUGAUGAGGGAAAGAAAAUGGCGGCGGGAAAAGCGAGUGAAACAGAGGAGGACUUUCCGACACUGACAGCCCAGGAGAGGGAGACUCUGGUCGGGAUCGACAGCUCACUGUUUGGAUUUCAGAAGCUUCAUGAAGAUGGCGCCAGAACGAAGGCCCUGUUAAUGAAGGCUGUCCGCUGCUACGAUUCGCUCAUCCUUAAAGCCGAGGGCAAAGUGGAGCCUGAAAUCUUCUGCCAGCUCGGCCACUUCAACCUCCUCUUGGAGGAUUAUCCAAAAGCAUUAUCAGCAUACCAGAGGUACUACAGUUUACAAUCAGACUACUGGAAGAAUGCUGCGUUUCUGUAUGGCCUUGGAAUGGUCUACUUCCACUAUAACGCCUUUCAGUGGGCAAUCAAAGCAUUCCAGGAGGUGCUGUACAUCGAUCCGGGGUUCUCCCGGGCCAAGGAGAUCCACCUUCGUCUGGGUCUCAUGUUCAAAGUCAACACAGAUUAUGAGUCAAGCCUAAAGCAUUUUCAGCUGGCUUUGAUUGACUCAAACCCCUGCACUUUGUCCAAAGCUGAAAUUCAGUUCCACAUUGCUCAUCUGUAUGAGAUUCAGAAGAGAUACCGGGCUUCCAAGGAGGCGUACGAGACUCUGCUGCAGACGGAGGACCUACCUGCACAGGUGAAGGCCACCACCUUGCAGCAGUUGGGCUGGAUGCAUCACACAGUGGAACAGCUGGGGGACAAGGCCAGCAGGGACAGUUAUGCCAUCCAGUGUCUGCAGAAAUCUGUGGAAGCUGACCCCAACUCUGGACAGUCUUGGUAUUUCCUUGGCAGGUGCUACGCAAGUAUUGGCAAGGUCCAGGAUGCCUUUGUCUCUUAUCGGCAAUCCAUAGAUAAAUCGGAGGCCAGUGCAGAUACUUGGUGCUCUAUAGGGGUGUUGUACCAGCAGCAGAACCAGCCAAUGGACGCUUUGCAGGCUUACAUUUGCGCCGUGCAGCUGGACCACAGCCACGCCGCAGCCUGGAUGGAUCUGGGCACAUUGUACGAGUCCUGUAACCAGCCGCACGAUGCCAUAAAGUGCUACAUCAACGCCACACGCAGCAAAGGCUGCACCAACACCACCGCGUUAACCCACCGCAUCAAAUGUCUCCAGGCUCAAUUGAGUAACCCCCAGCUCAGUAGCCUACAGGGUAAAAGUAAAAUGCUCCCUCUUAUUGAGGAGGCAUGGAGCCUACCAAUCCCAGCUGAGCUAACCUCCAGGCAGGGAGGCCUGAGCAGUGCACCGCAGCAGGCCUGUAAGCCCAAUCACAGUGCUGAAGGAGGGGGCUCAGGUCAGUCUCUACCCCCUCAUGGGGGCUCGCUGGGUCAAGCAGAGGACCAGUCAUGCCCAGCCAAGAGGAGAAGAGCCGGCAGUCCUGCCAAGAAUGAUUCAUGGCCCAGUAAUCCACCACAACAGCCAGCACUGAGCUGGUACCUCUCCCCACAGAAAUUACAGAUGCUGGAACAGCUGCGCAGUAACCGGGCCAAUCUGAAGCCCCCUCAGCUACAGAUGUUGGAGCAGCUGGAAGCUCAGCUCGCUGUAAUGCAGCAGCACCAGAUGAGGCAAAAUGCGUCAGGAGGUCAGCUUCGUCCCUCUCUUCCUAAUGGUCCCACCACCAACUCUCUCCCCUCUCCCAACCCCAGCCUCCACCCCACCCGGCCCCACUUGGGACCGUCACGGCACCUUUGCCCGCCUCAGCCGCUGGCCAACGGGCCCGUCGGCUCCGGGCCACACAGACACUCUGACUCUGUGGGUGACAAUAGAAAUGGUAAUACUAAUAAUCAGCCGGGGCCCGCGGCCACAGGACCCAACGGAGACGUGCCUUACCCGCAAGCUGCCGGCAGCAGCAACGCAGCACUGCUACCUCACACCUGCACAAGCAUGACGCCACAGGACGCCAUGCCACACCAGGCCCUGCACCUAAACUCCUCUCAGGGGCUUCAAAAGGAGUGUGUUUCACAUGCGACAGGCUCAAGCAGUGAGGGGACUCCCUCUCACACCCAGACCCCCAACACCACCACCCUAAUUCACCCCAACAAUCAGGUUGGACAUUCCAGUAACGCUCCAUCGCUGCGACAGACUCAUAACCACCUCCCCUCCCCCCCAUCCCUCCCCCACUCCUCUACCUCAGGUGGUGCUGGACCCACAGCGUCCACUACCAAAGAUGGUCAUGCUGAUGCCACCUCCCACGGGAACGGGGGCUCAGGCGGUAAGGAGCAGUUGCCGCUCCCGUCUGCUGAGAGUGAAAAGGUGCAGACAGAUGGACUAGCCAAUCACGUCCACUCUGGGAAUGGAGACAAGGGGACAGAAGGUAGUGAUAAGCAAAGCCUUAGCGCAGACAAUCCCAGGCUAUCUGCCCUUCUGGUAGUGGAAAAGGGCCCUGAGGAGAGCGAGGCGCCGUCGGAGGGGACUCCAUCCACAGUGUCUACGGUGCUGGAGUCCCAAAAGAAAAUUAACAACAUCCAUCCGGCUGCUGUGCCCUCUGUGCCCCAACCUCAGGGCAACUCGGCCGCCUCCUCGCCCAUCUCCGCCAUAUCUACAGCCACACCGUCGCCCAAAUCUUCUGAACACACCCAAACAGGGGGCCAGAGUCCCCCCACCACCACCACCGCUACCACCACGUUGUCUACUGCGCCUGCCGUCAAUGGCAACAGCAAAGGAGGCAUUUCGGAGGACUCUCAAAGCCCACUUAAGGGUGAGCCUCCCACCAUCACAGGUCUCAUAGCAACGCCUCCACACGGACACAGCUCGUCCUCCUCAUCGUCUUCGUCGUCUUCAAUAUCCAUCUAUCCCAGCUCCACAGAUGUACUGAAGGCCUGCAGAAACCUUGGAAAGAACGGGCUUUCCAACAGCAGCAUCCUUCUCGAUAAGUGCCCCCCGCCCCGGCUGCCGCCCCCGCCUUCACCAGCCCUGCCCAAAGACAAGCUCAACCCUCCCACUCCCAGUAUCUACCUGGAGAACAAGAGGGACGCUUUUUUCCCUCCUCUGCACCAAUUCUGCACAAACCCCUCCAACCCGGUCACUGUUAUUAGGGGCCUAGCUGGAGCGCUCAAACUGGACCUCGGCUUGUUCUCCACCAAGACUUUAGUGGAGGCUAACCCGGAGCACCCGGUGGAGGUCUGGACUCAGCUCCUACAGCCUGCAGACGAGAACUGGGACCCGAGUGGCACCAAGAAGAUGUGGCGCUGCGAGAGCACCCGUGCUCACACCACCAUUGCCAAAUAUGCUCAGUAUCAGGCUGCUUCUUUCCAGGAGUCUCUGAGGGAGGAGAAUGAAAAGAAGGCACUAAAGGAACCUCUGGACACAGAGCCAUCAUCUGCAGAGAGUGCCACACGAAAAAGAAGAGGGCCUUUAAAACACAUAAAAUUUGGAACUAACAUCGACGUCUCUGAUGAAAGGAAGUGGAAACAGCAGCUGCAGGAGCUCAGUAAACUGCCAGCCUUUGCUCGAGUGGUGUCAGCCGGCAACCUGCUGAGCCACGUGGGUCACACCAUCCUGGGUAUGAACACGGUUCAGCUCUACAUGAAGGUCCCCGGGAGCAGGAUCGCAGGCCACCAAGAGCACAACAACUUCUGUGCUGUCAAUAUCAACAUCGGGCCCGGAGACUGCGAGUGGUUCGCUGUGCCGGAGGCUUACUGGGGAGUGAUGAGUAACUUCUGCGAGAAGAACAACAUAAACUUCCUAAUGGGCUCGUGGUGGCCCAACCUGGAGGACCUGUACGAGGCUGAUGUGCCGGUUUAUCGCUUCAUCCAGCGUCCAGGCGAUUUGGUGUGGCUCAACACAGGAACCAUCCACUGGGUGCAGGCUAUCGGUUGGUGCAACAACGUCGGCUGGAACGUUGGACCUCUCACUGCCCACCAGUAUAAGCUGGGUGUGGAGCGUUACGAGUGGAACAAGCUCCAGAGCGUUAAGUCUAUGGUUCCCAUGGUGCACCUCUCCUGGAACAUGGCGCGGAACAUCAAAGUGUCCGACCACAAGCUGUUCGAGAUGAUCAAGUACUGCUUGCUGCGGACGUUGAAACAGUGCCAGUGGGUGAAGGAGGCUCUGACGUCAGCUGGGAAGGAGACCGUUCUGAGGCUGAGGACCAGAGAUGAGCCGGCACACUACUGCACCAUCUGUGAGGUGGAAGUGUUCAACCUGUUGUUUGUGCGGCGCGAGCACCUGUCCAAGAAGCAGUGUUUGGUCCACUGCCAAGACUGCGCCAGAAAAGGCAGCGCCGCGCUUGACGACUUCAUGGUGCUGGAACAGUACAGGAUGGAGGACCUGAUGCAGGUCUACGACCAGUUCACAUUAGUCCCCCCUCUUCAUUCAUCUUGAUAUUAGGCUUCUCCUCUUUCAUCUUCUGCUCUGGAGCCACAAAGCCCACCUGCAGAAACCUGUCCUCAGACAUUUAAUUAAAGAACAGCCAAACACCGACACAUACGGACCCGUUUCUGAUAUUCAGGAAAGCUGAGGCCGUCUCCCCACCCACCACCACCCUCACCGCCGCCCCUCCAUUAUGGUCGCUUUCCAUCGCAACGGCUUGAGGCUGAGGCUGCCGAGUGCGUCUGUCUAUGCAACCUGUUUAAAGCCAGAAGGGGGCGCCACCUGGCCUGAUAACAGGACCUUUUACUUUUCUUCCCCCCCUUCCUUCUAAAGACAAUGGUUUAACGUUUUACUGGAGGACUUAAUCAAAUACGGUUGGGAACAUGGAGGCGAGAGAUUUUUAAAGCGUGGUAAAAAUGUUUUUGUAGAUACUUGUUAACUGUCACAACUGGCAACACCCACCGUAAAAAGACUACUGACUUGACAACCUUUCUCCCUCUGUCUCUCUCUUUAUUUCCUUGUUUUUAUUCUGGUAACAGGAUGAAAUGUUGGCUCCCCCAUAUUUUCUCCACUUCUUCCUCCCUCCCUCUUCUAAGGAGCACUAGCCUAACUGGUCUUUUUUUAUGGUAGAUAGUCGUUUUAAGACUCUUUGGAGAGCAAAUUUUCCCAAAAACAACAAAAAAAAUAUUGUAAUGCGAAGAGUAAUUGUUUUUCUUUCUUCUGUUUGUUUUAACAGCUUUUUAUGUUUGUCUUGUUCUUUUUAAAACUUUGCUUUUCUUAGUUAAAAAAAUAAAAUAAUAAAAAACUUAAUAGCCAAGUCACAAAGAAAAUGGGUUGCACAUAGUUAUGGAAAUUUAAUUUGUGAUUUUUUUGUUUUGUUUUUACGUUUCUAAUCUUGAUGUAAAUUUAAACUAUUUAUAAAUGCAUAUUUAUUGCUUGAAAAUAUUUGUCGAUGGAAUGCUGUUAUUUUUUUUUUUUUUUCCAGAAUACCUGCCAUUACAUUUGAAGGAGUUUUGUCAUUUUAACACAACUCCUCUUACAUUUUCUAUAUAUAUAAAUAUAAAUAAAUAAAAUAUAUAUAUAUAUAAAUAAAUAAAGUUGCUUAGCAAGUAUUGUACAGAAACAGACAUUUAAAAUUGUUUUAUUGUUUGAAGAAUGUUUUAUGAGUCAAUAAACACAAAGUUGUCAAUUUA